UCACAAGCCUGGAGCACACGGAUCUGCCCAUUCUCACACCCCCAUGCUCCCCAGCACACCUCACCGUCAACUUCCUUUAACACCUGGAAAGACAGCCACCUCUGUGAGCACCAGGCCCACCAAGGACAAUUUCAGUGUCCACAUCCUCCCUGUCCCAACACGGGAAACUGAAGCCCAGAACAGCUUUUGGGAAAUGGAUAAAUUUCUGAGUCGCUUCCAGUUGAUUACACCUGAAGCAAGCACCCAGUUCAUGACCGAAAAUUACAAGGACUCGCCAGAUGCCGAUGUUCCCGUACGAGGAAGCAGUAAGCCCAAAGACCAACUCAAGACCUCAGGCCUCGCCUUACCGAUGUGUGUCCACAUUGCCCACCACCUAUAGUCUGGAUGUGGAAUC